AUGCUGGCAUCAAUCCCCCAGAUGGAGACGGUGCGAUCGCUCCCUCGAAAUCCCGAUAUGGUUGCGCGGCAUCCAUCAGCGGAGGACUUGGACGCUGCUCAGCAGCUGAUCUCGUCUGCUCAGGCUGGUCGAGAACACCUUGUUGACCGUGCCCGUGAUGAUGAUGCGGCUCGAGGCUACGAUGCUUACGAUGCCUACGAUGGCAAACAUACACCUACUCCUUACGAUUCUGAACGGCCUACGCUGCCGUCGACCGAAUCUGCCUCGAACACACUAGCAGAAAGGACAUCGCCCAAGUCCCAGAAGGACACUUCCUUUCUAGGACAUUCCUGCAGUAACUGUGGAACGAAAAGCACUCCGCUAUGGCGACGAUCACCGACCGGGGCGAUGAUUUGCAAUGCCUGUGGUCUGUAUUUGAAGGCACGGAAUGUUGCCCGGCCCACAAAGCGGAAUCGUAUACAGACCAGCACGGAACCUGUCCAACCCCAACCGUCGCAGCAACAGCCACCAUCGAUAGCACCCCAGCAUGAGGCACACACCCAUAGCGAAGGAGGCUGUCAUGGCUCCAAAGGAUCUUGCCCCGGUGGGGGCAACUGUAACGGCACAGGGGGUGCUGAGGGGUGUGACGGUUGCCCAGCUUACAACAACCGCGUGUACAAGUCCUCUGCCCGUGGGACUGUGCCGGUGCACGCUUGGGGUCGACCCGCCAAUCCAGAUAGCGAAAAGCCUCUGCCAGCACAGGAACCGGACGUACCCGGAAAAAGUGGUGCGUCGGCCGAGGGAAACAUAUUGGUAUCGUGUCAGAAUUGUGGAACUACUGUGACCCCGCUUUGGCGACGAGACGAGAAUGGCCAUCCGAUCUGCAAUGCGUGUGGUCUAUAUUACAAGCUCCACGGCUGCUAUCGCCCCACCACAAUGAAGAAGACUAUAAUCAAGCGGCGAAAACGCGUUGUGCCGGCGCUGCGGGAACACUCUCCGACUGCUGCCACGCAGUCGUCGAAUGGCUCUUCUGCCUCGCCCGAGGCCUCCCCAGCGACGUUGGCUCGCGUCCACGACGAUCACUACCGCUACUACAGCUCUGAGCCGGUGGAUCACUAUGGACCGAUGUCCGGAGACAGGAUUUCACCGGCCGCGCCCAAGCAAUUUGGCUUUGCACCCCCGCCUGUCGAUUUUACCGGAUUUAGUUCCGGGCCCGUCUCCUUACCGCACCAUCCCCCGCCACCAAGAUUGUUAGAGCCGGAUCGCAUCAACGCUCCAAGCCACUCUCCGGUGUCUCAGUUUGGUCGGCGAUCUCUUUCGCCGAAUCCAUCGGGUAAUCCAAAGAAACGCACCCUUGCAGAAACCGCGUCAUCAGCAGAAGCGAUGUCUAUCCCAACCACUCUGGAGAACGGGUCCAACCAACUUCCUCCGAUCAUGUCUUCCGUCAAUCCUUCCCCUCCUGCCCGCCUCAGUUCAAUUUCUUCUCUCCUCAACCCCAACAGCCAUGACGAAUCGCGUCUAGACCCCUCACUCGCUGCCCUUAGCCGUCAGCACCAUCAGUCUCACCAAGCUCCUCUUGCUCCCCCUCCCUCACAGUUGCUGCCCGGUGUAUCGGAAUUCGACAACAUCAGGGAAGAGCGUCGCUUAAAAUUGCAACGAGAAGCGGAAGAGAUGAGAGAGAUGCUGCGAGCAAAGGAGCGAGAAUUGGCAGAAUUAGGACAACAAUGA